AUGAAUGCUGACUUUAAGAACGCCUUCGAAGCUCUUCAUAGUAAGGUGAAACUAGUGAACGACUUCUCAUCUGGAAAGAAACUGAAGUCUGAAGGUUUCGACAAAGAGUUAAGAGAAGUAGCACAAAAUAUGACGAAAAUAACAGAUGCAGCAACGAGACAGGCAGUUCAAAGUGCCUAUGACGCCGUUAGAGCAACUGUUGUGAAAAGUCAAGAAAAAGAGUUACAACAGACCAAAACAGACCUAGUAAAUGCUUUCUUAAAAACGAAAAGUCAGGUAGGACAUUACGCUGCAGAUGGAACAUAUGUGCCAGCUGGUGGAACUUAUAUACCACCAAACCCUCCAAGAGAAGCACCUGCACCAGGACUACCUAGAACAUUUACAUCGUCACAUGGACACAGACACAGGCAUGCACAACAACCAGCACAACAACCACCUCCACAACCAGCACAACAACCAACACAACAACCAGCACAGCAACCAACAGUUCAAAACCCUGCACAACAACAACCACAAACAGAGCAAGGACAUAAAAGAAGUAGAGAACAAGGAAACCAAGAAUUCUUAAAAAUGCUUAAAGAAGAGUGUGGUUUCCCAGAUACUGUUGACUUUAGUGACAGAUAUAAAGAAGCUAUUGGAAAGUUCAAGGAUGGAAAUACUGACCCGAACCUAUUUAGCUUUAUGGCUCAACACCAAAACGGAUAUAAUCUCAAACCUGGAAAAUACAAGCUCGCUAAGGGAUAUGAUUUAAUAGCAUAUCAUCCAAAUGACAUGGAUGAAUUUACUCCGAGAUAUUUGAUGUCAGAGCUAAAUGACAAUUCAACUUUCGUCAUGAAACGCGUAAAAAAUAGAGACGGAACGAAAGAACAAAAGCUUAUGAAUGCGGAUGACGUAGAUAGGGAAAUUGUUGAAAACGGUCUCGGAAUAUAUGAAAUGCCAGCAGAUGAGGUACAAGAAACUCCACAGGAAGAAGUUCAGAUACAACCAGACAUGGAAGAAAUAGUUCAGCAACAACAGCUAGAAGAGCCUGAAGGAAACGA